AUGUUCUCCAAGACCGCCAUCGCCAUCACCGCUCUCCUCGCCGCCGCCGAGGCUAUCAAGGUUACCCAGCCUGCCAAGGGUGACGAGUGGGACGUCUCCGAGACCAACACCAUCACUUGGGACUCCGUCAACACUGACCCCUCUUCCUUCGAGAUCGUCAUCGUCAAGCAGUCUGGAGGCAGCGAGACCACCGAGAAGGUCGCCAAGGUCAACACCUCCGAUGGCAAGUACGAGCUGAAGGGCAUCAAGGCCACCGCUGGCUCUGGCUACCGCAUCAACUUCCUCUCCACCGACCCCCAGAACACUGGUAUCCUGGCCCAGUCUGAGCAGUUCUCCCUGACUGCUGAUGACUCCGAUGACAAGUCCACCUCUGCCUCUGCCUCUGCCAGCGCCACUGCUUCUGCCACUGGUGCGUCUACCUCCGGCACUGCCACCGGUGCCUCUGCCACCGCCUCUGUCACCAAGACUGCCUCUGGCCUGACCACCGUGACCACUGGCACCGCCACUGCCUCUGCCUCCGGAACUGCUGCCUCUAACGCCUCGGCUUCAGGAUCCGCCUCCGGUUCCGCCUCCGGCACUGCUACUGGCGCCGCCGCCUCUGGCACCUCUACCACCACCCCCAGCAGCGCUUCUGCCAUCAAGUCCACCUUCGCCAUCUUCGGCUCCGUUGCCGUUGCCGCCUACAUGCUCUUCUAA